UUGCUACGUCCGACAUUUUCAUACCUAUGGUCGCAUAGGCAAUAUCGUCACAGUGUUACGCGUGUGGAUAGUGUAUCCACAAAGCUGCAUGUAAAGAGGUUUGUUUAUAUUGAUAAAACCUAUCGAUACUUGUUGGAGGUGUUAAAGAUAGAAAAAAAUAAUGUCUGCGACAAUUCAGAGUUGCGUCGACAGUUCUGUCGAAGGGGAUGACUACGGAGAUGCCUUUGGUUACGGAAGGAGCAACGCGCAGUCUUAUGGAAACCAAUUUCAAAAUAGUCCAACAAUGCGCUACGCGACUCACUACAACAUGAAUCAUUCCAAGCGAGGUAUAGCUCUGAUUUUUAACCACGAAUCCUUCACCAUAAAUCACCUCAAGCCCAGAUCUGGCACUAACGUUGACUGUGAAACGCUAAGGAACUGUCUAGUCAAACUUGGAUUCGAGGUCAAAGAUUUUCAGAAUCUAAUAUUCAAGGAUAUUCAGAAGAAACUAGAAAAAGUUUCAGAAAUGGAUCAUUCAGAUCAUGAUUGUUUAGUUGUGGCUGUACUGUCUCAUGGAGAGCUGGGUAUAUUAUACGCCCAUGACACUCCUUACAAAGCUGACACAAUUUGGUCAUACUUUACCGCAGACAAGUGUCCGACACUCUCUGGUAAACCUAAAAUGUUCUUUAUCCAGGCAUGCCAGGGAGACAAAUUAGAUCCUGGUGUUAGCCUCAGAGAACGCACAGAAACAGACGGACAUGGUUCCCAAAGUUUUCGCAUACCAAGCCAUGCAGAUUUUUUAAUAGCCUACUCGACCAUACCAGGUUUCUAUUCUUGGAGGAACACGACCCGAGGAUCCUGGUUCAUGCAAGCUUUGUGCUUGGAGCUUUGCGAAAAUGGCUCACGAUGGGAUUUGCUAACACUCCUGACUUUUGUUUGUCAGCGCGUUGCAAUUGAUUUUGAAUCUAAUACUCCUGACAAUAUUACUAUGCAUCAGCAGAAACAAAUUCCAUGUAUCACUUCAAUGCUGACACGCCUAGUGAAGUUCACAUUGCCUAAGAACGGCGUUGCUGCUAAUUGAUGCACGAGGUUACUUCAGUGACUGCACACAUUGUUUGUCAUGAACUAUCUGCCGUUACUUGCUCACAUAUACAGCAGUUACUUAAAGCAUAUUUUGACAAUGCCAUUUGACACAACAAAAAAUGCUUAUAAUAGCCACAAAUAACAUGACACAAACGAAACAAUUCAACGGACCAAAAUCGAAUGUUAUUUACUAGAACAACUUGAAUGAAUUUGCAUUGCUGGAAGUAUUUGUGAAGUUGCGAUCAGGACAGAGCAUUGUAACAUUACUUAGAUCUUGUUACUUUGAGGAAACUUAAGCGACAACUGAUCGCUAAAUUGUAAUUAAUACUCACAAAACUCUUCAAGAUGUAAUCAUUUGAUCUCAAACAGUGUACGUAUUAUAUCAUAUAGCUUGUCCUUUUGUUUUUGGCUGAUGGCCACAACUGGAACAAAGUGCAUUUACUGUUAGGUCAAUUUUAUAUGUAUACAAUUUCAAUGUUUCUACUACGUAAGAUAUACUGUACACACACCUAUUAUAUUCUAUAGUUCUAUAGUAUAAACCCAUGGUAUUCUUCAGAUUCAUACCUAGUUGGUAAGCAGUGAUAGGAUGUGAUGUAUGGCCCAAUCCAACGAAAAGUGUAAAUCGUGCACAGAUAAAUUUCCUACUUUUGUAUUUCCUUUUUUUUCGUAUGUAAACUAAUUUUGCUAGAGCUUAAAACAAAACAAACAGCAAAAUACCCCUGUGAUUGAAAUUGUUAUCUUAAUUUUGUGAAUUCAAUAAUUGCUCAAAUUAUUUGAACGUUCUUUUGUAUUUUUACAUUUUAAGUAAAUGUAGUUUUGGAAUAGCACAUUUAUACGCAUUUUUAUACACUUUGUAUGAAUAUUUAUAACAUUAAUAAAGUAUAUUUAACUGUAA